CCAGCCACCAGGAAACGCCGCCGCGGCCACUCCUAUCCACGCCCAGGCGUGCCGGAGAGCGCGACAGCUCUCGAAUCUUUGCCAAACCCCACGUCGGCACGAGGCUUCCAUUUCGGCCGCCGCCCGCAUGCACGGGCACCCCGCCCACAAGGCCGUUCCCAGUUUCCCAUCCCACCCAAGGAAAGCAGCGGGAUCAGAAUUCAGACCCCGUCCCGUCCCCUUCCAGUUUCACAGCUAGCGCGCUCGGAUCCCGCAGUAAUAAAAGGACACUGGAUAUGCGCUGAGGAUGGCGGCCCACACGCUCUCCUCCGCCCCCCUCCCCUCGCGCGCGCCUCUGCUACGCCUUCUCCUCCGCCGCCGCCGCGGCCAAGCCCACUCCGCCGCGCCGGCCAAACUCCCCGUCUGCUCCGCGCCGUCUCGCCCCCGCCGCGCCGCGCUCUUCCUCGGACCCGGAGUAGGUGCAGGUGGAAGACGCAGAAGUGGAGUGGGGAGCAGAACUAUGUCGGCUUCAAUAUAUUCGACAAGGGUGGAUUCCGAAUCGGCAAUGACCAAGAAUGGAGGGGAUGUGGAGCCGCUGCCGUUUGUGUAUGACAAACAUGGAGGUGUCAUUAUUGAGAUGACGAGCCUGAUGGAUCCACAAGCCUUUUCAGCUUCCUUGAAAUCUUUAUUGUCGAAAUGGAGGGAGCAGGGAAUAAGAGGUGUCUGGAUAAAAUUGCCAAUCAGCCUUGCCAACCUUAUUCAGUCAGCAGUAGAGGAAGGAUUUUGGUACCAUCAUGCAGAGGAAACUUACCUAAUGCUUGCGUACUGGCUCCCGAACACGCCUCAUACAUUGCCUAUAAAUGCUACUCACCGUGUGGGCGUUGGAGCUUUUGUAAUGAAUGACAAAAGAGAGGUAUUGGUUGUCCAGGAAAAAAGCGGUGUACUUAAGGGGCUUGGUAUAUGGAAAUUCCCAACUGGAGUUGUUGAACCAGGGGAAGAUAUAAACAUUGGAGUUGUAAGAGAAGUAAAAGAAGAGACAGGGGUUGAUGCAGAAUUCGUCGAGGUAGUUGCCUUCAGGCAGAGCCACAAAGCUUAUUUUGAAAAAUCGGAUCUAUUUUUUGUGUGCAUCCUAAGGCCACUUUCUGUUGACAUUACUAAGCAAGAGUCGGAAAUUGAGGAUGCUCAGUGGAUGCCGGUGGAGGAAUUUGCGGCACAACCAUUCGUCCAAAAACAUGAACUCGUGAAGUAUAUUCUCGAGGUCGGCCUGGCUAAGGUCGACAAGGAAUACGCAGGAUUUUCACCAAUCAGCAUAAAAUCAGCGUUCUCGGAGAAACAAUCCUUGUUUUACAUGAACAGGAGGGACCUGGAGAAAGCCUCGGGAUCCAUCAGUACACAAAAAGAUAGCUGAGACUUCAGUCAGAGUUACGAAAGGGUCCAUGCACUCGUACUCGGUUACUUUGUUGCUCGAUUGGUAGCUUGUACGCCUGAUUUUGACAGUAUGAUGCAUGUCUCCUACCAUUAUAUCGAUUCACAAAGAGAUAGUAUAGCAGAAGUGCAACGGAAGUUGUUGUACUGGGACAUCACAAAGGAAGAAAUUAUUGCAGUACCUGUGUUGUCAAAUUUGUAUGAAUGAGUGUACAAAUAAAGGAACAUAUAUCGAAGAUUCUUUUUCUUU